AUGCAAAUUCUUUCUUUAUUAACUUUAGCUACUACUGUUUUAUCAAAAAAUAUUGUCUUAACCAACGAUGAUGGUUGGGCUGCUACUCCAAUUAGAGCUUUAUACAGAGAUUUAACCGAUGCUGGUCACAAUGUCUUAAUGGUUGCUCCAGUUACUCAAAGAUCUGGUUGGUCAGGUAGAUUCCAAUAUUCUUAUUCCAAAGAAUUAUUAGAAGAUGGUCAAUUCAACUAUAGAAACAAAGGUGAACCAGCUUGGGGUUACGAAGAAGAUGAUAACAAAAUCUGGUACAUGAACGGUACUCCAGCUGGUUGUGUUGGUUUCGCUUUAGAUGUUGUUAUUCCAAAAUACUUCCCAGAAUUAAACAACUCAAUUGAUUUAGUUGUUGGUGGUGUUAACGAAGGUGUUAACAAUUCUCCUCAAACUUUCACUGUUUCUGGUACCAUUGGUGCUACUUACGAAGCCGUUUAUAGAGGUCUUCCAGCCAUUGCUUUCUCAGGUUCAAACAGUAACAAUUCAUUCUUCAAAGAUGACUUAAACGAUGAUCCAUUAAACCCUUUCAACAUUUAUGCUAAAAAAUCCGUUCAAUUAAUUGAAGAAAUCUUUACCAAACAAGGUGAUAACGAUAGAGCUUUACCAUUAGGUGUUGGUUUAAACGUCAAUUUCCCUAAAGCUGGUUAUGAUGAUGAAACUUGUACUAACCCUGUUUACACUAAAUCUAGAAUUGCCGGUACCGAUUCUGGUGCUUAUACUAUUUACUUAAAUGAAACUACUGGUUUAUUACAAGAUGGUCCUAAUGAUCUUACCCAAGCUUUAGGUGUUUGUUAUAAUGGUCCAUGUAACUAUCCAUCAGAAACUGAAGUUGUCGGUGGUAAAGUUGGUCACUGUAAAUCUUCAAUUUCAACUUUCUCAAUUGAUUAUGAUGCUAACUCUCAAUUACAAGCUGAAGUUGAUUCUUUAAUUGGUGGUGUUUUCAACCUUUAG